GACAAACUGGGGAUGUUCAGGGAUCCUGCUUCCCUUUUUGGAUUUGCUGGGGAUUGAAUUUAAAGCUCCAUCCUAAUAUCGUUGUAUUUCCCUUUCCUGGAUCCAGGAGAAGCUCUGCUCACUCUCUUGAUUUAAAGUGCAACCCCCCCCUCCCCACCCUCCCCUAAACCUCCCUCCCCCGUUUCUACGUGCUCCUGCUAUUACUGCCCCUGCAGCUGCAGCUGAGACUCCUUACAUUUUCUUCCUGGCCCUUUAAACCGAAGCCACCGCUGCAUUUGGUCUGGGAUCUUGGGGAGGCGGCGGCUUCUAUUGUUUGAAUGACGGCUGUGUUAUCUCUUCUCUUCCAGAGAUGGCUAACAGGGGACCAAGCUAUGGUUUAAGCCGGGAGGUGCAGGAAAAGAUCGAGCAGAAGUAUGAUCAGGACUUGGAGAAUAGAUUAGUGGACUGGAUUAUUCUGCAAUGUGGAGAGGACUUAGAGCACCCACCCCCUGGCCGGACCAAUUUUCAGAACUGGUUAAUGGAUGGAACGGUGCUGUGCAAGUUGAUAAAUAGUUUACAUCCAACAGGACAAGAGCCAAUCCCAAAGAUCUCAGAGUCAAAAAUGGCUUUCAAGCAGAUGGAGCAAAUCUCUCAGUUUUUAAAGGCUGCUGAAAUCUAUGGAGUCAGGACCACAGAUAUUUUUCAGACUGUGGAUCUAUGGGAAGGGAAAGACAUGGCUGCUGUGCAGAGGACCUUGAUGGCAUUGGGCAGCUUAGCUGUCACAAAGGAUGAUGGCUGCUACAGAGGGGAACCAUCGUGGUUUCACAGGAAAGCUCAGCAGAACCGGAGAGGGUUUUCUGAAGAGCAGCUUCGCCAAGGACAGAAUGUAAUAGGCCUGCAGAUGGGCAGCAACAAAGGAGCAUCUCAGUCUGGAAUGACUGGGUACGGGAUGCCCAGGCAGAUCAUGUAAAACACUCGGUUCCUUGUCCCCCAUAGAGAGGAUGAAAGGUUCACAGCACGAUCUCUGUUAAAAAAAAAAAAAGACGUAGUUAGUCACCUUCCAACCUGCUCCUCUUCUUCCUCAAAACUUCUCUCCCUUUUCUUGGUUUUUGCAAAUGCUGCGUUUCUGCUGAAAAUCCAUAUUUCAAAUCGCUGCCACCUGGUGUUCAUUUCUGAACUAUGCAAAGAUGUCCCUGACUCUCCUGGGAGCACCCCCACCCCUACUUUCCUCUCCAGUACUUUAUUUAUUUGGUUGUCUAUUUAUUUGCUGGCAAUUCCCCUAUUGUUCUUAGAUAUUCACCUAAUUAAAAAAAAGAAAUCUUG